GCUCGCUUGCUUCUUGACAUGGGUUUCUGCUCCCAUGAGCUUGUCUUCAUUGUCUUGGAUGGGAACACCCAUUUAGCCGCUUCUUGAUUCUUUGCUUCAGCGAGUUGAAAGACUGGAUUUUUAUUAUCUUCUGCACUGUAGAUUGUCUUGAUGUGAGCGAGUUUGUUCUGCUCCUGUUAUUUCCGUAUUCAAGUCUUGGUAGAAAUACGUGUUUCAUCUGGUUGCUUCUCUUCCGUCGUGAUCUUGCGGUACUUUUACGGCGGGCAUUUCAAUUUAGGCUUUAACUCAUUCAGGGUGGAGCAAGACCCACCAGAGCUUUGUAAUAUAUUGACAACGUGGGAAACAAAGGAUGAAACUUUUCGUUGAUGAACUAAACCUCCUCGUGAUAUCGAAAUCUUCAUAAUAGCCAUAUUUCUCAAAACGAGAUGGAAUUAUAUAUCCUUAUAUUAGGCAGCAAGUUUGCCGUAUUUAUUUAUGAUGGUUACGUGUUGCAGCUUAAGAAGAUGAAGUAUUGCUUAGAAAUUCUUUAAACUUGUGGUGUUGAGUGUUCGAUGUUUAAGGACUUCAAUCCAACAGCAUCAGCAGACACGCAGACAUGCUUAACUGUUGUUAAUUUAGCACAUUUGCAUCACUCAAAUUAUUUUGGUGCAUGAAAGAGUGGCUGCGUUCAAUGAUUGUAUCAAAUUAUUUUGCUGCAAAUGAAUCAAGAUGAUCUUUGCGCUCGAGUUCCUAUUUAACUAAGUUGAAGAUUUGAAGUGUUGGGAAUUAUUAAAGUAAACUUGUCUGGGAGUUGAGCUGCAGCAUUUGAAACACUAUGGUGGUUGAGAUCAAAAAACACAAGAAGAAAUAUGCUUGGAUCAAUACAAUUCUGUCCUUAUAAGAAAUAGCAGGCACGCUAGAGAGUAAUGAUCUGAAAACAGAGUUCUCAUGUGACAAGAUAGUGCUCAACUUAGGGGAGUCAAUGGUCUGUCCUGCCUGUGCUUUAAUGGAAAAGAUGCUUAUAACUGUAACUGGAGAAAAUGAUUGAUGUACUUUGAAAACUUUGGAUCCUCCAAAUAUAUUAAUUCUUCUUCUGUAAAUCCUUGGAACCAUAUAAAAAUUAUUCAAAUGAAACCAGGUCAUCAGACACAUAUCGAAUUACUUCCUGUAGAUCUCUAUCUUGCCACAUUUACAUAAGAUUAGAUGUUUCACUGGAAUCUUAUAGGAGUCAUGCCUUUCUUUCAGAAGUUUAUGCUCUCUAUUAAAAUUCUAUCCCUUCCCCACAACCUAGUUUACAGCUAAUCGUUAAGUUUGCUGCCGUUACACGUUCUUGUUCUUGAAGAGCUUUGAUGAUAGACAAUUCAUAGCUUCAGCUGGCUAUAGUGGACUUCCAUGAGGGGCUUCCUGAAGUAGUGGCAUGAAUCAGAUGCAGUUGCACUGAAACUUUUAAGCUAAUUACAUGUAAGGAGCCGGCAGGUGUCUACAUCUUAUCUGAAAGGUUCUGAAUUCAAGCAAAACAGCUUUCUCUUCCAUUUGAGUAUGCCUCGCUUAGGCAGAGCACGUCGGGAAUUGCAUCUUUCAGUUGCAGAGAGUGACCAAUUUUCCAUAGACUCUGCAGUUAGGAAUUCUGGCGAUGCUGCAAAAUCAGUUUCUGAAAUUGGUGUUGAGAGCUCCAGGGAUUUUACAUCCGUAACUUCCAAUGGACCAGUCCCUAAUUCAAUUCCAGACCAAAAUCAGUCACUGAAUGCCAAGUCGCAAUCUACACCAAAAAGAUCGUCCUUAACUGCGCGAGAGAGACUGAGGGCAGCCCGAGUUCGGAGCCGAUACUCAGAAGCAAAGACAUCUAAAUCAGAAAUGGGUAGCAAAGUAUUGGAUGCUCUCAAAGAGAGUGAUCGUGGGAAGAGGAGAUCCGGGCUUCCGGAAGCCCCUACUAACAUGUUUGACGACAGCAAGCGUGGAAUGCCAAAGGAGGGAUUCACAUUCGAGUUUCCAGGUGGUGUUGAUUUGUUUUUCAUCGUCUUAUCGUUUGUGCUUAUCAGCACAGUGAUGUUCGCAACGACUUACCUUGUGUGGAAAGUCGGUGCCAUCCAUUUUAACGAGUACUAAGGUGGCGGAAAAUAGGAUUUUGGAUUUGUGAGCACAUGGAAGUGGAGAACUAUCCCAGUUGUAGGCACUUGAAAUGCUCUUCCAUGGAUUGAGCAUUCCUACUUAUGGAUGAGAAGAAAUUGUUGGGUUCAACCUUAUGCAGCUUCUGCUAUGUAGAUUAAUGCAUUUAAAUUACCAACUUGAAUCUAGAGGAAUAGAGAAAACUUAGCUGUAUCUUUCAAAAAGUUUGAAUGUGCUCCUAGUCUAUUCUUUUUCUGGUUCUGUGUUGUGAUGUAUCAAUGAUGAUCUCUUCUGGAAUGAGGUCAGCAAGUGUUGUAUUGACAAUGCCUUUAGCUGCUCUUUCUUUGUGGAA